AUGUCUGUGAUUGUAAACAUCUCUAAUGAAGACCCCGGAUUUGAGCUUUUGAAAAGCACCAAAGGACUAAUUAACACAGAAUCUAUAAAAGACAAAUGGGUUGCUCAUUCAAAAGUAGUGAAAAUCGAAAAGGUUUUGAAAAUAUUAUUUAAUCAAGUUCAAGGUCUUCUAUCUGGAAAUGAUUCAGACAUCCAAGGACGCUUUACCCUCAUCGCCUUUCUUUUGAACUCAAAAAAGAACAGCGAUCUUACUUUGUCCUUAAUCAGAGCUCUGUCCUCAGUCACAGAAUCCAGCAGACCUGCAAUGCAAGCUCUUUCUUUACUUUAUGAUGCCAUCACAGAAGGAUCAUUAAAAUUCGCAAUUUUCAAAGCAAUUUUAUCACAAGCUAAAAACGCUGACCUAUUAAACAUGAUUUUGCCACAUUUACAAAAAAUCGAAAACUUCAGCAAAGACUGGACUGAUGUGGCUUCUGAAGAAAAACAAGAAUUUUAUUGGGAAAUUUCACAGUUGCCUAUCAACGAAAGCUUAAAAGCCAAAUUCAUUAAAAUGCUGAUUUCUGAGACCUCAGAUUUACCUCAAGCACAUUUCGAGGAAGCUAUUUCUCAAUUAAUUUCUUAUUCAGAUGCCUCUGAAAUCACUUCAAUUCUGUCACUUCCUUGUAUAAAUAAAAUAACUGGGCACUUUGCAGAGCUUAUCAAAAUAUUACAAGAAGUUUCUGUCUCCAAAUAUAGCUCAUACCCCUUUAUAGAUAUCUUUAUCCAGCAAAAUGUACUGGAUUAUUGAACGACCAAGAAAGACUCUAUUAAAGGAACGGGCUGGAUAUCGAUAUCAGGAAGUGCUAAAAUGUGACAUGUCAAAAAUGGUGACAAGUAUGAAAAAAGUUGACAAGUAAACGCGCCAAUUUUUUAAAAUGGAUUUAUUAUUAAAAUAAUUUAAAACUUAAGAUACUCAAUUAGACUGAAGAUAAUAAUUGCAUAUUAUAUACUGGCUUUAAAUAUUUUGAUUUAUAUAUGAAGACAAAUAAUUCUUUAAUCCAGCACAAAAUGGCGCGAAAGUCCAAAGACGGAGGGAAUUAUCGUGAUGCUUGAUUUCAUGCAGAGAUGCAUGGGUACAUAGUGAAUUCACAAAUGUUGGUUCUGUAUGUUGAUGGCUGGUUUCGGAGGUUCGAGCUGGUGCUACAUUAGCAAAUGGAGUUUUGUGGAUUCUGUAUGGAGCAUCUGAAGAUGAAGAUGAGUAUGGACUUGAUGGAGUUUGUAAUACUUGUUAUUGAUGCUGAAAUUUUUUGUUUUGUUGUGUUGUUGUUGAUGUUGUGGUUUGUGAUGAUGUUACUGUUGUAGUUGAAGACGAUGAUAGUGAUGCUGAAGAAGUUAUUGAUGAUGAAGAAUCUUUGAAUAAAAAAGAGAGAAAUGCUUCAUUAGGAAGCGGUAAAGUUAAGUUAUAGUUAUAUAUGAAGACAAGAGCUAUAAUUUGCAAAGUGCGUGACUUGUGAAUAUCAUUAACUUAGGAGUUUCUUAUCGACUCAUAUGACGAGUGUUUAGCAAAAUUCAAUAUGGCUUAUAAAUGAAAAUUAAAAGCUUGCAACUCGAUGUGUGCAUUUCCGGCACGAUAGAAUUUCUUUAUUUUAAUGCUAAUUUAUAUAUGAAGACAAGAGUUAUAAUUUGCAAAGUGUGUGACUUGUGAUUCUCAAUAUAUUGAAUUUUUGCUAAACACUAGUCAUGUUAGUCGAUAAGAACUCCAUAGUUAAUGAAAUUCACAAAGCACGCACUUUGCAAAUUAUAUAUCUAGUCUUCAUGAAUAAAUUAGAAUUAUAAUAAACGAAUUCUAUCGUUCUGGAAAAAUUCAAGUUUUUGAUUUUCCAUAUUGAAUUUUUGCUAAACAAUAGGUCAUGUGAGUCGAUAAGAACUCCGAAGUUAAUGGCAUUCACAAGUCACGCACUUUGCAAAAUUAUAGCUCUUGUCUUCAUAUAUAAAUCAAAAUAUUUAAAGCCAGUAUAUAAUAUGCAAUUAUUAUCUUCAGUCUAAUUGAGUAUCUUAAGUUUUAAAUUAUUUUAAUAAUAAAUCCAUUUUAAAAAUUGGCGCGUUUACUUGUCAACUUUUUUCACACUUGUCACCAUUUUUUGACAUGUCACAUUUUAGCACUUCCUGAUAUCGAUAUCCAGCCCGUUCCUUUAAUAGAGUCUUUCUUGGUCGUUCAAUAAUCCAGUACAUUUUGCUGGAUAAAGAAAUCUAUAAAGGGAUAUAAGCUAUACCUUGUCUUCAAACAAAGCAACGAAGAUUAUUUGGCCUCUAAAGGAUUUAAUGCAGAUAAAUGUCUUGACACAAUAAGAGUUUUAGCUUUAUGCGACCUUGCAAAACAUCAUGAAGAGUUCAGCUAUGCCCAAGCAGCUCAACAAUUACAGGUAACCGAAGAAGAAAUUGACGACUGGGUGGUUAAAUCAGUCACUUUUAACCUUUUAGACGCCAGAAUUGACGAAGUUGAGAAAAAAAUCAGAGCGACCAAGAAUACAUCAGACCAAGACGAAAAAUACUGGGAAAACAUCCACCAAUUGCUUGAAGGCUGGGAAAAGAACUUAAGUAGAUAA